GGCCACGAAGAAAAACGAGGAAAAACAGGCAGCACAACGUCACUUCCGCUUGUCCCCAAAAUGGCGUCCCCCAUGGCUGGAGACGGCGUGAGUGAGAAACAAAGUGGGAAAAAGUCCAAAAAGACUAAAACAGAAGUAGAUGAAUCAGAACUCCUGACUGUUCCUGAUGGAUGGAAAGAGCCAAUGUUCACCAGAGAGGACAACCCGCGUGGUCUCCUGGAGGAGAGUAGCUUCGCCACACUCUUCCCCAAAUACAGAGAAGCUUACCUGAAAGAGUGCUGGCCUCUUGUCGAGAAAGCUUUAGGAGAUACUCACAUUAAAUCCUCUCUGGACCUGAUAGAAGGCAGCAUGACAGUUUGUACUAUGAAAAAAACCUUUGACCCUUACGCCAUCUUGAGAGCCAGAGAUCUCAUCAAGCUGCUGGCCAGGAGUGUCCCGUUUGAACAGGCUGUGCGGAUAUUACAAGAUGACGUGGCGUGUGACAUAAUCAAAAUCGGGACACUGGUGAGGAAUAGAGAGCGGUUUGUGAAGCGAAGGCAGCGUCUGAUUGGCCCCAAGGGUUCCACUCUAAAAGCAUUAGAGUUGUUAACCAACUGCUAUGUGAUGGUGCAAGGUAACACGGUGUCAGCAUUGGGGCCUUUUGGUGGCCUGAAGGAGGUACGCAAAGUGGUGAUGGACACGAUGAAGAACAUCCACCCUAUCUACAACAUCAAGACACUAAUGAUCAAACGGGAGCUGUCCAAAGACCCGGACCUGCGUACGCAGAGCUGGGAACGUUUCCUGCCCAAGUUCCGACACAAAAACCUGGCCAAGCGCAAGGAGCCCAAGAAGAAGACGGUGAAGAAGGAGUACACGCCGUUCCCUCCAGCUCAGCCAGAGAGUCAGACUGACAAAGAGCUGGCUACAGGAGAGUUCUUCCUGCGUGAAAGUGUGAAAAGAAGGAAGAAGAUGGAGGAGAUCAAGGUCAAACAAGCAGAGGCAUUGACUAAGAAGCAGGAGCAACGUAACAAAGCUUUCAUCCCUCCGAAAGAGAAGCCUUUAAUGAAGAAGACCGUAAAAGCUCCCACAGAAAACAAGCUGGACAUCGAAGCCAUCAAGGCAAAGGUACAAAAAGCCAAAACCAAGAAACUGGGAGCUCCACCAGUGAACCCGUCUCCUCCAGCCAGCAGCACAGACAAGAAGAAGAAGAACAAAAGCAAGGGUUAACCUCGCUGCUGUUUGCUAGACAGAGUAAGGACUCGGUAAAGACGUCAUGUCAGACAUGUUUGGAUGUGCUUGCCUCAAAAAAAGUUCAAAUACAAACUGACAAUUGUUUUUUUUUUUUUAUCAAACUACAUUUCUGCUUUGAGGAAUUGUUUAUUCUUGUAUAUUUCUUUCUGUGGAGACCAGGUGUGUUAAAGAGCAAAAGAUUUCCCUCUUGUUGUCGUCAUUGUUGUCCAGAUUAUGUACGGUCAGUAUUUAUAUAUUGAAUAGUGUAUAUUUUUCUCUCUAAUAAUGAUUGAUGUGUGUUCAGGAGGCAAUGUGUAGUUUUUGUAAUCUGCUGUUUUAUAUUAAAAAUAUCAGGGUUCCCACACGUCCUUGAAGUGCGUGAAAGUUUGUUAACAAUGAGUGAGUAACGUUAAGCAAGAGAAAGCAAAUACUGCGUGAUGCCUGGGAAAUGCAAAUUCCAAGAUCUCUGGCUCACCAAACAAAAUUUCCAAGAUCCCAAGAACAAUCAUUUGGCCAGAUGCCGAGUGGAUAAAAAAUAAAAGUGGAUGCCAUGGGCAAAGCGGCUCUUACAAGUUGCCCUCCCAUCUUUAGCUGUGUCAGCACAUUCAGUCCGUGAAUCCUGGAUAGUCCUUGACAAAGUCCUUGAAUUUGAUGUCAACCAAGGUGUGGGAACCCUGAUAUAUGAUUUGGGACAACAAAAAAUGUCAAUCGCUAAAAACCUAACAUCAUCAUCGGUGGGGUUCUACUCAUAGCAGAAGACAUCAGGGUAGAAGUAAUGGACUGCAUAUGCAGCGAUGAAGGUGAGGAUGAGGGCAACAGGCCGAACAACAAGAAUAGACAUAAAGUUGGAGUCAGGCGCAGCCAGAGCAGGAUCCCAGUCUGGACUCCAGUUGUAGCCUGGAAACACAGAUGAUGGAGGCAGUGGUUUUCAGAGGAGUUAAUACUGUUUCGUCUGUGAUAUAUAGAAAUAAAACUUUUUAAAGAUGGAAAUUGCCCUCAUUGCCCCACAUCUAUCAUGACCAAAUGUGUGGUUAAUGUACAGCCAUAUCUGUAACGCCUUAUAUCAUUUUUAAUUGGUAAACUAAUUAUUUCUGAGACAUUUGGUAAAUUACAACUUCCCUUUUAAGCAUGUAAAUUUUUUAAGCAUAUACACAUAAAUCUUAUCUAAAGGUUUGGGUAAAUGCAGCAAAUUUGUUUGGGGAGAAUUUCUCCCACAACCCAUCUAUGGAUCCUGACCCAGUGUUUCUGAUACAUACAGUAAAUGUUAUUAUUGUAUUGUCACUUACUUUUCGGCGAAUCUUGCUCUUUGUUACCUGCGGAGACAUUAAAAGUGGCAUUUCAUGGUU